UGUUUUAUCGGGGUAAGGAACGGUCAUGGCUGUGAAAGAAUGGUUCAGAAGAUUGCAGCCGGUCCAGUUGUACUUGGUCCUGUUCUUCACCACCACCUUCUUCAUCGUCGAGAUCGUAGCCAGCCAUGUGACUCACUCGUUAACGUUGCUACUAAACGCUUAUCACAUGCUUUGCAAUAUUAUUGCGCUUGCUGGCUGCAUUGCAUCUAUCAAGUAUAGUCAUCGUCAAAGCGGGACUGAUCACACUGGCAACAGCAACACUAGUUCGUUACGAAAUUCCGUAAUUUGCAUAAAUAAUGAGGAACGAGGAUCUGCAACAUCUCUGUCGACGAAGACCAAGCAAUCACGAUCGGACAGGAGGAUGAAGAACACCUUUGGAUGGGCAAGGAUCGAUAUCCUUACCAUGCUCGUUUGCUGUGUUUUCCUCGCGUCAUUCUGCUUCUCGUUGCUGGUCGAAGCUUUGCAGACUCUGAUCCACAUAGACCACCUGGACGAAAUGCACCAUCCGUUGCCUGUUCUGGCGAUCGGCUUUUCCGGUAUCCUCCUCAACGCGUUUUGCUACAUAUUGAUCGGAGGAUACACCUUCAACCAGGGUAUCUAUCUGCACGUGACGGUGAACGGAGACGUGAUGUUGCGACGAAACGUUAGCCCUCAGCCGACGAUGGACGGCGAGCAGCAGCUAUCUUCUCAAAUCAGACGGAGCCCAUUGGGUAUACCAAAGAGCCAAGGUUUUCGUGAAACCUGUCGCGACGUACUUGGCUGUGUUCUGGUUAUGUUGGUGUCCACACUCGUAUACAUCACCGACUCUGGUGUGGCCAAAUACAUUGACCCUCUGUUCGCCAUCAUUUCCGCGAUUUCCCUCUUCUUACUCAGUUAUCCGUACAUGAAAGGUUCUGGACUGAUACUCCUUCAAACGAUCCCCAAUCACAUAAAUAUCGAUUCCUUAAAGAGGGAAUUGCUGGAAGCUUUUCCGGGUAUAGUGAACGUUCAUGAUUUACACGUUUGGCAGCUGACGGGACAGAAGAUAAUAUCCACCGUUCAUAUUAUAUUUUUGGAUCCGACGGUUUAUGCUAGUAUUACCAAUCAAGUCACGGAGUUCUUCAUAGAAAUGGGUAUAACACAAGUGACCAUUCAGCCAGAAUUUCACAAGAUGAGGCCAAAUAUGGAGAAGACAGGCUGCCUCAUUCGUUGUCAGGGCGAACACUGCAGUUCCUCGCAGUGUUGCUCCAAAGAGAAGUUCAUAGAAGACUCCUGUUCGCAUGUAUCGAUGAAGCAAGUGCAGUCAAUAAACAAGAAGCUCGAGAAAAAAGAAAUUAUCCCGGCUCAGUCGGUAGUCGAUCUGAAAAGGUUCACUGUUCACGACGACGAGGCGUCACGAUCGCCGAGGGACAAUAUGGCGGACGGAACCGCGGGACGGUCGAACGAUGGGCUGACAGACGAUAACAAAGAUAACACGGACGGCAGUUCCUGCGCUAUAAACGUGGACGCCAAUAACCAAAAAUCCAGUCAAAGUGAUGUCGAGCUAGCAUCUUAACUUUAAGACAAUAA